AUGGAGGCGCCGCGAGUGCUGUGGUUUCUGGGCUGCGCCUGCAUCGCAUCGGCUCUGGGUUCGAGACUCAAGACCCCCGCGUUACCCAUCCAGCCAGAGACGGAACCCAUGAUGUCGAAAGGCUUGUCCGGUUGCUCCUUCGGUGGCCGCUUUUAUUCGCUGGAAGACACGUGGCAUCCAGAUCUCGGAGAGCCGUUCGGUGUGAUGCACUGCGUUAUGUGUCACUGCGAGCCGCAGAGGAGCCGGCGAGGGAAGGUGUUUGGGAAGGUGAGCUGCAGGAAUAUGAAACAGGACUGUCCCGAUCCGACCUGUGACGAUCCGGUCUUGCUUCCAGGACACUGCUGCAAAACAUGCCCAAAAGGCGACUCGGGGAGAAAGGAGGCGGAGUCUCUGUUUGAGUUCUUCCAGGAGAAAGACGACGACCUUCACAAGUCCUACAACGACAGAUCCUACAUCAGCUCUGAAGAGAACAGCAACCGAGACAGCGCCACCGAUUUUGUGGCUGUACUCACGGGUGCGAGGGACUCCAGCGGCGUCGCUCGAGCCAGAUUCACUCUCACUCGGACGAGCCUGACCUUCUCCAUCACGUUCCAGAGGAUGAACCGGCCGAGCCUCAUCACCUUCCUGGACUCCGAUGGAAACACUGCGUUGGAGUUCAGAGUCCCGCCGGCCGAUACAGAUAUGAAAAAUGAUUAUGUAACAUUUAUUCCACUUUCAGCUCUCCAGAGCGUGAUGUCCAGCAGUUCUGCUCUAACUCCUGGGAAAACCGGCGGCGUCGGAUCGGCCGUCUUCACUCUCCAUCACAACGGCUCGCUCGACUACCAGGUUCUGGUGGCGGGUUUGAGCAGCGCGGUGGUCGGUGUGACGAUUGAGAUGAAGCCGCGGCGGCGCAGUAAACGCAGCGUGCUGUACGACAUCACGGCGGAUUUCUCCGCGGCGGAGGAGCGCGGCGGCGGGCGAGCGCUGGGAAGCUGCAGCCGCGUCGAGGCCAGACACAUUCACAUGCUGCUGCAGAAUGAACUGUUCAUUAACAUCGCCACGGCAGAGCAGCAAGAGAGCGAACUGCGCGGACAGAUACGAAUGCUGCCGUACAAUGGACUGGACGCACGCCGAAACGAGCUUCCGGUUCCUCUGGCGGGUCAGUUCGUGUCUCCUCCGGUCCGUACGGCUGCGGCGGGUCACGCCUGGGUCUCGGUGGACGAACAGUGUCAUCUGCAUUACGAGAUCGUCGUCAAUGGCCUCAGCAAGAGCGAAGACACCUCCGUCAACGCUCACCUGCACGGAUUGGCCGAGAUCGGCGAGAAGGACGACUCGUCCACCAAUCACAAGAGACUUCUGACUGGCUUCUACGGUCAACAGGCUCAGGGUGUGUUGAAAGAUCUUAGUGUUGAGUUAUUGAGGCAUUUGGACGAAGGCACGGCUUAUAUUCAGGUCAGCACCAAAAUGAAUCCAAGAGGAGAAAUACGAGGACGGAUUCACGUUCCCAACAGCUGUGAGUUGGGUUCCCGCGGGGAAGUGGUUGAGGAGGCAGAGUUUGACGAUCUCGUAUUCGUCCGUGACCCGGCCGAGCUGAGGAAAGACCCACACACAUGCUUCUUUGAGGGAGAACAUCAUGCACAUGGGUCGCAGUGGACACCGCAGUACAACACCUGCUUUACCUGCAUCUGCCAGAAGAAGACAGUGAUCUGUGAUCCUGUGACCUGUCCUGUGCUCUCGUGUCCUCACACCAUCCAGCCUGAAGACCAGUGCUGUCCCAUCUGUGACGAAAAGAAAGAAUCCAAACAGACGACUGCAGUAGAAAAAGUUGAAGAAGAUCCAGAAGGCUGUUAUUUUGAAGGUGAUCAGAAAAUGCACGCACCUGGCACAACAUGGCAUCCGUUCGUCCCGCCAUUCGGUUACAUCAAGUGUGCAGUGUGUACCUGCAAGGGCUCCACAGGGGAAGUGCACUGCGAGAAAGUGACGUGCCCGCCUCUCACCUGCAGCCGACCAAUCAGACGCAACCCUUCAGACUGCUGUAAGGAGUGUCCUGCUGAAGACACGCCCCCUCUGGAGGAUGAUGAAAUGAUGCAGGCGGAUGGAACGCGCCACUGCAAAUUUGGCAAAAACUACUACCAGAAUAGCGAACACUGGCACCCGAGAGUCCCGCUGGUGGGAGAAAUGAAGUGCAUUACCUGCUGGUGUGAUCAUGGCGUCACAAAGUGCCAGAGAAAACAGUGUCCGUUGUUGAGUUGCAGUAACCCCAUUCGCAGAGAAGGAAAAUGCUGUCCUGAAUGCAUGGAGGACUUAAUGGAAAAAGAAGAAAUGGCAAAAAAGGUGGAGAAAAAGAAAAAUUGGAGACACUGAUACCUUCUUCCUCAACGUUCAUCAUCCUCCUGCCUUGAGAUCAGGUCGUCUCAAAUGCACAACGGGACGCCUGCGGAUUGCAAAAACAAGCGAUGCAUGAAACAGAGGAGAGGUCCAGAGUACAAAGAGAUCGAGAACAGUUUGGGAGAAACAUGCUCUGAAGAUGAAGAAGAUAUCAAGACAAAAACAGAUAAUGCAUAAAAGGAGAACGAAUUUCAGCUGCUGCAAUUGUUUGAAUUUCCCAUAGACUGAUUCUCUCAUGGGAUUGUAUGUUUUAUUUUUGUUUGCAUAUUUGACUUGGUGCAAAGUAUCCAAGACUCGUACAUCAUCACACCUGUAAAUAAUGUGAGUACAAUCACAUGUUUGUAUCACAGUAAAAAAAACCCACAACGCUUUACAACAAAUUGCACAUGCCGUCAUUACAAUCCUUAAUAAUUACACUCAAAUCCCAGCCAAUCAGCAGGACUGUUGUGAUGCAUCUGAUUGGAGAUUUGCCCUGUGGGUGGGGCUUGGAUUUGGAGGUGGGGUUUAAAAUACUCAUCAACAUAAACCCGCUCAUUUUUGUUGCACCUGAUGUUGUUGGUCUGUUUGCUGGUAUAUAAUA